AUGCCUUUAGUGAUUCAGAAUAUCGCAUCUCUCCUGAGAUAUCUCUGUAGCUGUGGAAACCCCGAAGGGCUACCCAACGAGGUCCACAUGGAUGCUUCCAAUACACAAGUUGUAGAUACAAAUUCUUCUACAAACCAAGUGGCUAACUUUAGACUCAACGAGGCAGCCAUUGGUUAUCCUAUGAGAGACGAAGGGACAAAUAUCCUACCAAAUCAACAGCGCCAGAUGCGUUUUGAACAGUCCCCAUCUCCCUCAGCCCCUCAGCCACAAUCUUCGCAACCUACCUGCAAUGAAAUAACUGCAUCGCCGUUGCCACCAGACGUUCGCAACCUCAUACCAGGCAAUAACGGCAGCCGCGGUAGCCACUUUGUGGAGGAGUUUUCGGUAUCGCGGCCAGAAGACGAGUGGUACGGCCAACGUAUUACCGCUCACGGUGACAACACCAACUCAACUACUAAAUGUAAGGCGGCCCCAUCUAUGGUCGUCGUAUCAGGAACAACAGAGGAGGCCCCGAUCCAGGGCGGCCGGGACCCUGAUUCACCAGUCCGGGGCCGUACUUUGACAAGAGAACCUUGA